AUGAGGUCCACCAGUGUUCCAGAAUGGAACGUGUUUGCCCUGCAAAUACCCCCUUGCAGUAGCUCCUUCAAGUUCCUCGGCACCCUCAUAUCUGCUGACCUCUCCUGGACCCAAAAUACAACUGCGGUCAUCCGGAAGGCCCAGCGGAGACUCCACUUCCUGAGGGUGCUGAGGAAGAACAGACUGGAGAGGCAGCUGAUGGUGACCUUCUUUCGCUCGGCUGUCGAGAGCCUGCUGACGCAGCAGCCGGGGAGGAGAGGAGAGUUGGUGGUGGAGCAAGAGCGAGAGCGAGAGAGAGAGACCAAGAGACUUGCUGAAAAGCAGCAGCCGGGGAGGAAAGGAGAAUUGGUGGUGGAGCGAGAGCGAGAGAGAGAGACCAAGAGACUUGCUGAAAAGCAGGACACAGCUGUACCUGUAAUGGUGAUGGGGUCAAGUCUAUGUGGCGACUCUCACUACAUGAACAAGAUGCCACCUUACAACUGCUCCUCUGAUGUAACCAGUCUGGACAGCAACAGCAGCCACGUCCAAGUGCAGGACUCCUGCGUGACAAUGGACACCGUUCUGGAUAAUUACUUGGGACCCCGUCGGUCACCUGUGUUCCUUCCCGUCUUCGUCAUUUACCUGAUCAUCUUUUUGGUAGGCGUGUUGGGCAACGUACUGACUUGCACCGUCAUCGCUCGCAACAAAGUGAUGUGGACGCCGACCAACUACUACCUGUUCAGCCUGGCGGUGUCGGACCUGCUGGUGCUGCUGCUCGGCAUGCCGCUGGAGCUCUACGAGCUGUGGCAGAACUACCCCUUCCUCCUCGGAAAAGGGGGCUGCUACUUUAAGACUUUCCUGUUCGAGACGGUCUGCUUCGCGUCCAUCCUCAACGUGACGGCGCUGAGCGUGGAACGCUACAUCGCCGUGGUGCACCCGCUGCGCGCAAAGUACGUGGUGACGCGCACGCACGCCAAGAGGGUCAUCCUCACAGUGUGGGGCGUGUCGGUGUUGUGUUCUCUCCCCAACACCAGCCUGCACGGGAUCUCCUACCUGAGCUGUACCUCCUGCAGCCAUGGCGGGCCUCCGAGUAUCGAGAUCCCGGACUCGGCCAUCUGCACGCUGGUGAAGCCGCAAUGGAUCUACAACCUGAUCAUCCAAGUGACCACCUUGCUUUUUUUCAUCCUACCCAUGCUGACCAUAAGUGCUCUGUACACGCUCAUUGGGCUGCGGCUAAAACGGGAACGGAUGCACCAGGCACUGGAGGCCAAGGCAGGCGCUAGUCGGAACAGCUUCUGCAACAGCCGCACCCAACAACAAAAGGCUCGACGACGGCAGGUCACCAAAAUGUUGUUUGUUUUAGUGGUGGUGUUUGGGAUCUGCUGGGCCCCGUUUCACACCGACCGCCUGCUUUGGAGUUUCAUCAGCGAUUGGACCGACAACCAACUGCAAAUCUUCCAGUACGUGCACAUCCUCUCUGGAGUGUUUUUCUACCUCAGCUCCGCCGUCAACCCGAUCUUGUACAACCUGAUGUCUACGCGCUUUCGAGAAAUGUUCAAGGAGGUCAUGUGCCAUCGGCCGCACCACGUCGGCCCGAGGAAAUACUCUCUCAGUCUCACCCGGGUGACGCUGCGCAGCACCCUCAACGACGCCCCGCAGAGCUGUGGAGCGAAUGUGGCGGAGGGCGAGGCAGAAGGAGGAGAGCAGGCAGUGAAAGAGGAGCCCACUUACACAUGUUAGGAUUUUACAAUUCCAGCAAAAAAUGAUGGAAUCGGCAGGAUUGGAUUUUUUUA